AUGAUUAUUGAUGAUGUGGAAGAGAGAGAAACCCCUGUCCUGAAACUAGCCAAGCUCCUCCACUCCAAGGGCUUCUUCAUCACCUUCGUCAACACCGAAUUCAACCACAGCCGGCUCGUCCGCGCCCGUGGGCCCGAUUCCGUAUCGGGCCUCCCGGGCUUCCAGUUCCGAGCCAUACCCGACGGCCUGCCGCCCUCGGGUAAGGACGCCACCCAGGACAUACCCCAGCUUUGCGACUCCCUCACCAAAAACGGGCUCCCCCCGUUUUUGGACCUCAUUCAUUCCCUCAACGACUCCACCGACUGCCCGCCCGUCACCUGCAUAAUCUCCGACGGGGUCAUGAGCUUCACGCUUGAUGCCGCUGAAAAGCUUAACAUUCCGGAGCUCGUUUUCUUCACCACAAGCGCUUAUGAGAGCCAAAUCAGCAACGGGUACCUUGAGACUGAACUGGAGUGGGUCCCAGGGAUGAAAGGCAUAAGGCUGAGGGACUUUCCCAGCUUCAUACGCACCACGGACCCCGACGACAUCAUGGUCAACUACAACAUCCUCCAGACAAAGAACGCGUCGCGGGCCCGGGCCGUAAUCCUCAACACAUUCGAAGACCUCGAGAGGCCCGUCCUCGACGCCCUCCGCCAGAGAUUCGGCCGCGUCCUGACCGUGGGCCCUCUCCAGCUCCUCGAGAGCCGGCUCGUCGAGACGAGCCCCGAGUCCCUGUCCAUCGGCUCGAGCCUCUGGAAGGAGGACGACGCUUGCGUGUCGUGGCUCGACCGGCGUGCUCCGAACUCGGUCUUGUACGUCAAUUUCGGGAGCAUCACCGUCCUGUCGCCCGAGCAGCUGCUCGAGUUCGCGUGGGGCCUUGCGAAUAGCAACCACUACUUCUUGUGGGUGAUUCGGCCCGAUCUGGUGAGCGGGGACAGAGCCGUCCUUCCCGAGGAGUACUCGGAGGAGGUUUCGGGCCGGGCCAUGAUGGUGGGAUGGUGCUCCCAAGAGCACGUAUUGGCCCAUCCGGCGGUUGGAGGUUUUUUGACCCACUCGGGAUGGAACUCGACGAUCGAGGGAGUGUCGGAGGGCGUGCCGAUGAUCAGCUGGCCGUUUUUCGCGGAGCAGCAGACGAAUUGUCGGUACGUGUGCCGGGAUUGGGGGAUGGGCGUGGAGAUUGAGGGAGAGGUGAGGAGAGAGAAAGUGGCGGAGCUCGUGAAGUUGUUGAUGGAAGGGGAGAAGGGGAAGGAGAUGCGGAAGAAGGCGGCCGAGUGGAAGGAGAAGGCCCGCUCGGCCGCGUGGCCAGGUGGAUCAUCGUACGAAAAUCUAGAACUGCUGAUCGAUGACGUUCUUCUGAAGAAUUAG